GGCUUUUGCGACGCUAGAAGAAAAUGGCGGCUGCCGGUUCUUCUCAGGCGCCAAUAUCUUUUGGGUUUAAUCGCAGUUCGAAAAAGAAACUCCUCGUGAGCGAUGGGGAGAAGGAAGAAGAGCACGAGAAGGAGUAUUUGGUCGGGGCAGAGGGAAAAGAGCUACUCAGUGCAAACCCUGCUCCAGAAUCUAAGCCGCUAGUUAUUCCCCUUAUACACAAGAAUAGAUGGGCCAAGCCGAACAAGGACAAAGAGGAAGAUGCUGCUCCACAAACAGAAGACGAGGCUGUGCUGUCACAAGCUGUAAAAGAGUUAAUUGAGGAAUCUCGGCGAGCCCAAGAGGAUAACUCUGAGACAAAUCAAACUCUUAGUAUCCCGCUGCUUAUGCAGAACAGAAUGCCUGAUGGUUAUGAAGAUAGAGAGAAGGUUGAUGUUAGCUUACGUCCAGAUUCUGCUGAGGCUGCAGACUAUGAUGUUGUGCCUGUGCAACAGUAUGGGAUGGCGAUGCUGAGAGGAAUGGGGUGGAAGGAAGGAGAGGGCAUUGGACGCACAUUUAAGCAGGAUGUUAAGCCAUUAGAGCAAAAAUUGCGCCCCAAAGGGUUGGGACUAGGUGCAGAUCGUUCUGCUCUAAAGCAUCUGGAGCCACAAAAGCCCCGGAAACCAUUAAAACCUGGGGAGGAACCAGAAGAAGAGUCAAAAGGACUUGGGACAGGGAGUGCAGUACAGAUACAGAGUGGAGCUUACAAAGAUAUGUAUGGGAAGGUCGAAGGCAUUGACCCAGACAAUUCCAGAGCGAUGAUCACACUUGCCAUUGGUGGAAAGGUGGUGACAGUGUCUCUGUUCUCUUUGCGAUUGGUCAACAGUGCAGAAUAUACAAAGUAUGCAAAGGAUUUGAGCAGGUUAAGUAAAGUACAUCAGGAAUCCAAAGUUGAGCCACAUAGGGACAGAACCCCUGAAAAAGAGCAAGGAAGAAAAGGUGGCGAGAAACGCAGUGAGUCAAGCAGGAAUGCUGAUGUGAAACUAAGCAAGUCUAGCGGGAAUGGUGACUCAAAUAACAGAGAAAAAAGACAUCGACAAAGGAGUCCGGAGCAGGAGAAAGAAAAAAAGAAGAUAAGGCCUGAACCGCAUGGCUGGCUACGCCGUGACAUAAGGGUUCGAUUUAUUGACAAGAAUUAUAAAGGGGGAAAGUACUACAAUUCUAAGAUGUUGGUGGAGGAUGUUUUGAGCCCAACAAGAUGCGUGUGUCGAACAGAAAAUGGGUGUAUCCUGGAAGAUAUCAGACAAGACAUGCUGGAGACAAUCAUACCUAAGGAAGAGGGAGAACACGUAAUGGUAGUAUUGGGAAAGUAUCGUGGUAUGGUUGGGAAGAUUCUUCACAGAGACAAGCAGAAAAGUAGAGCUUUGGUCCAGUUACAAGGGGAACAUGACUCUGCGGAAACCCUGAGCUAUGAUGCCAUUUGUCAUUACACUGGGGCACAGGAUGACUAAGGCCUUCAACAGAUUCACUUCAAGGAGGCAACUUUGUAUAAUGAUAUAUUGUUGCAUUUUUUAUUUAAUAACUGUAAAUAAACCAUUUUCUAUACAAAGUGA